AAGGUCUAGCUUUAUACCGAGCUCCACCCACUUGAAACCUGUCAAGUCAGCAGUUGGUGUUCAAAAUUUUGGUGAAGAAGCUAUAAACGAUGAGUGGUCUUUCUCCAGCCGCAGUAAGUAUCCCUGAUGAGCAUAGUGACUAUGAGUGCUUUGUAGCAGACAUUCAGAAAGAUUUUGAGCUCAGAGUGGAGGCUGUUCAACGAGCAGCAGACGAAAACACCAGAGUUUAUGAGGUUUACAGUAGUGAACUGAAGAAACAGCUUCAAGAGAGCCUUGUUGCUAACCAGCGCCUGGAGGAGUGUUGUGCUCAACUAGAGGAGGAGGUUGCUCGUAGCAAAGCUGAGAGAAAGUUAUCAGAGAGCAAAAUAGUCGAGAUACAACAGAGAGAGCAGGAGAGGGUCGAUGGAGCUCUUGAGUUGCUGAGUCGCAUGGCUUGUGUGAGGGUGAUACAGGUAGAGAUAUCUGGAGACAUUACUGUCUAUACUUGUGCAAUCAUCAAUGGAAUUUUGAAAGACCUUAAAUUCAGUUUGUCUCUGGAUAAGUCUACUUGGGACUACACAUAUAAGCCACUGUCGUCCGUUGCAGUCAACAACAAAGGGACUCUUGAUCUGAACACAAGUAGCUGUUUUCCAGACUAUAUGAUCAGUCGGUUUCUAUCAAAUCUUUUGAAAUUCACUCUUUCAUAAUCCACCCCUAUGUAUAUAAUUUAUGUGCAUUCGUUUUUAUUUCACUCACUGAAUAAUUAGAUUAUAAUACCAUUCCAACAAACAAAUGAAUGAUGAACAAUUAUGA